GUUUUGCUAAAGCUCACAGUGGGUUUUGUAACGGAGAGCUCGUCGCUUUGACGAAGUCAAACUGCAAGAAUAUGCUGGAAAGAAUCUCUGGAAAGUUGGCAUCAGUCAAGGGUUGGAAAGUGUUGGUACUGACCGGGGUCUCAGGCUGGCUGCAAACUUCCCAAGGACAUAGGUGGAGUGUGAAACUUUCUCAUCCAUAAUGUCUCCUUAGGAUUCGAGUCUUGAUUUUAUCUGGAUCCUUUUGUGUAUGUGCGUGUAUGUUUUAUUAUUUUUUUGUCACGGUGUGUCUAUUGAUUGGUGAUUAAUUCACGUUGCAUUUGGCUUUGCCCUGGACUCAUUACGUCAGUUGGUUUUGUUGCAGUCCACGGGCUGUGAUUGCUGCAGGGGUCUUGUUGAAAGCGUUUGCUGCUUUCAGGCCAUUGCCAUGAUGAAUAUAUCCGGCUGAUGCUAAGUCAGGCUGACAGUGCAGUCGUCGCCUGAGGACGGACGAACUUUGGGUUAAGGGAAGUCUAUAUUUUUCCUCCUAAUAUUUAUUUUAAGCAUUGCAUCGACCACUACUUCGUUUUUCUUCCUGUAAAGCUGACAUUGAUAGCUGAUAUUUGCAUAAGCUUUCACCAUUACUUCCAAAAGUAAAGAGUUACUGGAUUUGGCUUCUCGGAUAUUCCGAAGAAAGCGCCUAAUCGCGGCACUGGUGGGUACCGUCAUGGUGCUGAUCGUGCUUGUGAUUAUCCCCACGCUGGUGCACAGUUCGAGAGCCGCUGCUCACUAUGAGAUGCUGGGGACCUGCAGGAUGAUCUGUGAUCCUUACAACUCCAACCCCAGCAGCACGGCUGUGGAAGCUAUGCGGGAUUUCAGUGCCAUCCCUCCGCCGCCCUUCAUCCAAGGACCGAAAGGGGAGCCCGGGCGGACGGGAAAGCCUGGCCCACGCGGUCCUCCCGGUGAGGCCGGUCCCCCGGGUCCAAGGGGCCCACCGGGGGAGCGGGGUGACCCGGUGAAGGCCGGCUUCCCGGCGCUGGGUGGGGCGGCGGGACCGGUGACUGGAGCACUGAGCAGCACCGCCGUCAGCAGCCCGAAGAUCGCCUUCUAUGUCGGUUUGAAGAGCCCCCAUGAAGGAUACGAAGUGCUCAAGUUUGACGAUGUGGUCACGAAUUUAGGAAACUACUACGAUUCCACCUCAGGAAAGUUUACCUGCGCCGUGCCCGGGAUCUACUUCUUCACGUACCAUGUCCUGAUGAGAGGAGGCGACGGGACCAGUAUGUGGGCAGAUCUCUGCAAAAACGGCCAGGUUCGUGCCAGUGCGAUUGCCCAGGACGCAGACCAGAAUUACGAUUAUGCCAGUAACAGUGUGGUACUUCAUCUGGACUCUGGAGAUGAAAUUUAUAUCAAACUCGACGGCGGAAAAGCACACGGCGGCAACAACAACAAAUACAGCACCUUCUCCGGUUUCAUUUUAUAUCCUGAUUAAAUGACAUGAAAAGGAAUAUAAAUGAGAUAUUAUGUAACGGUGUUUUCCUGUCAAUGUCAGUUUGUCUGUGGUUACUUCUCCUUCAGAACUUUUCGUACAGAAUGCGAAAGUGUACUUGUUCGUGUAGGCCAUAUUCGUGAGCAAAGCGUGCUUGGCAUAUGGCGCAAGGCUUAAUAACAAUGCAUCACAUCAGACAACUUCUGCAUGGGCAGUUCUUGGGAAGAAUAUAAUAAGCUGCAAAAUUGGACUUGUUCAUUACAAAAGCAGAACACUGCGGAUGCUGGAAAUCUGGAUUGAAAACAGAAAAUGCUGGAAAUAUUCAUCAGCCUGGUGGAAGGCCUGAAUGAAACACUCCUUUCUCUCUCCUCAGGUGCUGCCUGUUCUGCUGGACUUUUCCAGCCUUUUCUUUAUUUAUUCUGGAUUUCUUCAUCCCGGUGACCAUGCUGCAGGCACCGGUUUUUGUGUGAUGAUACACAGUAUUGGUAACACGCUCUUUCACUGUUACACAUGAAAUAUUUAUCUUAUCGUUACAAUCCAAGCUUUUGAUGUAAUGUUACAACAUUAAAUACCAUUUUCUACAAUGCUUUGCGCUGAUCCUUUACAUGUACUGAAUAAAUCGUCUAUUACUGUGUUUUAAGUUGCACCCUAUAGCUUUUCAGCCGGGAUUUCCUGGCAUGUAUUGAAUAAUGCAGAGAACUCUUCUUCCGAAUUAAUUUGAUGGUCGCCUCUCUUAUCGUCAAUAGGCCCACCAAAAGGGUUUUACGGAUAUGAAUCAGUUUUCGUAGCUUUUGAUCUACAAGUAUCAUUUCCAGAGACCGCCUCACUAUAGAAUUCUAACCACAAGUGGCAUCUUAGAGAACGAAUAAACACAAAUUAACUUGAUAAUGAGCAUGAUUUGAAAGUGCAACUCGUAAUUCUCAACUGCAAGUCCAACGUUUGUGCGUUAGUCGCCCAAUACUAGCCCUUAGGAUAUUUCAGAAAAUCGGUCCCUGUAUUGAUC